AUGCCACUGUCCGAGCGAGCUUCUCAGCUUUCACGCAACUCUCACAGAUACCUAGUCUACGAGGUUUUAAAAGACCACUGGGUGCCCAUGGUUAAUCCCAUGGGUUAUGUGAACCUUGGGCUCGCGGAGAAUUCACUCAUGCAUAAGACGCUGUCUGAUCACAUUCAUAAGAAUUUGUUGCUGCCCAUCGAAGCUUUCACCUAUGGAGAUGGGUCAAAGCUAUUGAAGACCGCCAUGUCGCAUUUUUUCAACAAACGUUGGGGGCCAGCGAUCUCCGUCGAGCCGGCUCAUAUUACGAUAACAAAUGGCCUCAACUCGGCGCUGGAGCAUGUCUCUUGGACCCUAGCCGGCCCUGGUGAUGUGUUUCUUCUUGGCCAGCCGCACUAUGGGUCGUUUAUCCCUGGCCUUACAAUCCGACUUGGCGCUCGGGUGAGCCAAGUCUCGUUCAAAGGCGUCGAUCCACUGGGAAUGGAGGCUGUUCGAGUAUAUGAAGACAAACUCAUCGAAUCUCGGCAGAAUGGCUGCAAUGUCGCUGGAUUGGUAUUGUGCAAUCCGCACAACCCUCUUGGUCGUUGUUAUCCUCGAGAGGUGCUGGUUGCACUCAUGAGGCUCUGCCAAAAGUAUCAGAUCCAUCUUAUCAGCGAUGAGAUUUAUGCUCUAUCUGUGUUUCCCAACACCGUCGACGCCUCCCCACCUCCUACUCCCUUCCACUCCUGCCUUUCUAUCAACACAACAGGACUCAUUGAUGAGUCGCUCCUAUACGUGCUCUGCGGCAUGUCCAAGGACUUUGGUGCAAACGGUAUCUGUAUCGGCGCAAUCAUCUCUCAGAACAACCCGUUGUUCCACGAGGCUCUCAUCCCACUUUCCUUCUAUAGCUCCACAUCUUCUCUUUCCGAACAUAUCACGACAAAUCUGUUGAAUGAUGAAGCAUGGACUGAGUCCUACAUUGCUGAGAAUCAACGCAAACUGGCAGCAUGCUAUGUGCAUGCGAGUACGUGGGCACGGGAUAACGACAUCCCUUACGCACCAGGUGUUAAUGCAGGGUUCUUUCUCUGGGUUAAUCUAGGCAUUGUCUACAAGAGGACACACCCUAGAAUGAGCGGCGAUAUCAAUUCAGUGGUCAAUCAAGCGUUGCUUAAGCAAAAGGUUUUCUUAGCUUCUGGUUCAGACUUUGGAUCGGAAGAACCGGGGUGGUUCAGAAUUGUCUUUUCACAUGAAAUGGAUUACCUUGAUGAAGGGUUGAAGAGGAUCAUUGCUGCUAUUAUUUGA